AUGCUUUAUCUUUUGGUACAAGUUAACAAGAGUAUUAAGUGCGUCAUCCCUGAACAUGCAGUAAGCAUAGAAUCUACAGCUAAUAAGUUUAGUGACCUUUUUGGUACUGUUACGGCAAGACAAUAUGAUAAUAGAGAGGUGUUAAAUAGUGAUCUAAAAAUGUUAGAAGUUUUUGGAUUUUUGCAAAUUAGAUUUUGCCUCAUUAUCAAUAUAAAUUCAGAUACGUCAGCUUCAACUCAAAGCAAACCAAAUGCUUUUAGUAUUUUAAAUAAAAAUUCAAGGCAAACAUUACUUUCUCAAUAUUGUAUAGAAUAUAAUAACUAUAACCAACUCUAUAAUGAAAUUAUUGAACUUUUUCAAGCUCAAAAUGUUGGUUAG